AUGAGUGCAUCGACCGCAGGCCGCGUGCCGGACGGACUCCUCAGCGGCGAGAUGAGUGUUGAGGAGGGUGUCGAAGGGGACGUCGAGCAGGGCGCCGAGCAGCAUGCCGAGCGGCAUGCCGAGCAGCCUCCCCAUCAAUCUGCCGCCCCCGAAGCUAUGGAGGAAGCCCCCGAGGACCCCCCCGAGGACCCCCCCGUGCCCCCUCCACCCUUUCCGACUGUUCUGGCCACGCGGCUGUACAUCUCCCACUUUUUGUCCACGUGGAACUCGCGCGUCUUUGAGUUUGCCGCCGUCCUGUUUCUGGCCGCCGUCUUCCCGGACACGUUGCUGCCCAUGUCGGUGUAUGCCGUCGUGCGCGGCGUGGCGGCCAUGGUGUUUGCCGAGGCCGUGGGUGCGUGCAUUGACCGCGUGGACCGGCUGGUCGCCGUGCGCGCGUCGAUCCUGGGGCAGCGCCUGGCGGUGGCCGUCAGCUGUGGUGUAUUCUGGGCGAUGCUGGCCAAGGCCACCGCCUCCACCGCCACGCGCGGUGGCGUGAACGAUGCGGCACCACCAGCCGCCAAUUUGACGACCGCGAGCUCCACCACGGCCAACGCCCUCCUGCUCCCCGGCAGCCUGCUGGAUGCCUUCUUCUCGGCCUUGACCGGCACGUCGGCCACCUCCUCCGUGUCGUCCACGGCGGGCACAGCCCCAACACCGACUGCCACCCCUUCCACGCCCGUCGCAUCCGGCCUCUUCGCUGUGGCCGUCAUCGCCGCGUGCGUCGAGAAGCUCGGGUCCAUCUUAAACUUGGUGGCCGUCGAGCGCGACUGGGUCGUCGUCCUGACCGAGGGCAACGCGCCUGCGCGCCGCCGCGUGAGCGCCCGCAUGCGCCGCAUCGACUUGUUCUGCAAGCUCGUGGGGCCCCUCACCAUAUCGCUGGUGGCGGCCGCGUCGACGCGCGCUGCGCUGUGGGCCACGCUGGGCAUGAGCACGGCUUCCCUUGUGGCGGAGUACUUUUGCAUCGCGGUGGUGUACCGGCGCGUGCCCGCGCUGCGGCGGCGGCCGGCCGCGUGGGACGACUCGGCUGUGGCGCCCAGGACCACGACGACGACUUUCUGGCACGCCACCAAAGCGGUCGCCCGCCGUCUGCUGCCGUUUGCGUCGCUGCCCUUGUACGUGCGCCACCCGGCCUUUCUGCCCUCCUUCGCGCUCGCCCUCCUGUACCUGACCGUGCUCUCCUUCUCGGGCCAGAUGGUCACGUUCUUGCUCGCCACCGGCUACACCCCGCUGUCCGUCGGCCUGGCCCGCACGGCCAGCACCGUCUGUGAGCUGUCGGCCACCUGGAUCGCGCCCCGCCUCAUGGGCCGCCUCGGCGUCGUCCGCGGUGGCAUCUGGUCGCUGUCGUGGCAGGCCCUGUGGCUGACGGCCGGCACCGCCGUCUUCUGGGGCCUGCCCUCCGCUGCCAGCCCCGACGGUCGCGUGGGCGGCACCGCCGGCGGCACCGCCUUGGCCGUCGGCGUCGCCCUCAGCCGCAUCGGCCUCUGGGGCUACGACCUCUGCGCGCAGAACCUCGUCCAGGACGAGGUCGCCGACGCCCACCGCGGCGCCUUCUCGACCGCCGAGGCCGCCUUCCAGAACCUCUUUGAGGUCCUCGCCUACGCCACCACCAUCCUCUGGGCCCGCCCCGACCAGUUCCGCUGGCCCGUCGUCGUCAGCGCCGCCGCCGUCUACACGGCCGCCGCGCUCUACACGGCCUUUGUGCGCCGCCGCCGCGGCCACCUGUUCCACUCGCCGCUGCCGCCAGCGCAGCGCUGGCUGGACAAGGCGUUUUCGGGGCGGCGGGGGGUGGACGUGUAG